AUGUGUUGCUGUUACUGCUUGCGUGGCUCCAUCAGACCAACUCCCUCCAACUACCUGCCACCGUUCACCGCCCCUCCCUUUGAGUUCACAUCUGCAGAAAACAAACGAGCACGGCAGUGGAACUGCCAUUGCAUGCCGCCACCACUCGCUGUCACUGGUGUCCCUCCAAAUCUUGAUGCCGAUGUUUCUACGUCAUUUGAAGGAAAAUUGGAUAAAUCAAAGUUAGGCUCAAAAUCAGUUAUUGUUUUCACCUCGAAUCUUCCUUCUGGUUCUUAUCAAGCUAAUACAGUGUCUAUGUGUGUUAAGAAAUUCAAUCCAGAUGAUUUGAAUCUCAUUAGGAAACAGUUUGUUUUACAGAUGGGGUUUCUAGAUCUGUUCUCUGCUGCAUCUAUCCCUAUUCUUAAAGUUCUUAUAAUUACUGCACUUGGCUCAUUUCUUGCCUUGGAUUCUAUCGAUAUCUUGGGAGAAAGUACAAGGAAGCAAGUCAAUAACAUUGUAUUCUUUGUGUUCAGUCCAGCACUAGUGGGAAGCAAUCUUGCUAAAACAAUCACUCUCCAAAGCAUCAUUUCCAUGUGGUUUAUGCCUAUUAAUAUUCUUAUUACAUACUUAAUCGGGUCAGCACUUGGAUGGGUGCUUUUGAUCAUCACUAGACCACCUCAAAAUCUAAAAGGUCUCAUCCUAGGUGCCUGUGCAGCAGGAAACCUAGGAAGCUUGCCUUUGAUUAUAGUUCCAGCUGUAUGCAAAGAAAAAGGAAGUCCUUUUGGUGACCCUAAUGUUUGUCGAGAGUAUGCCAUGGCUUAUGCUUCACUAUCUAUGGCUAUUGGAGCAAUAUUUUUAUGGACUUAUGUGUAUAACCUAGUACGGGUAUUCUCGAGUGAUUACCAAGAUUCUGGUAACAAUGGUGUCAAAGAAACGGUAAACAUGCAAGAGGGUUUGAGUGAAAGCUUGCUCCCAUCAUCUUCAUCUAUUAUUCACAUGAAGGGAAAAGCUAAGGUGAUGUUAGACACAAUGAAGCAACAUUUGGUGAACUUUUUACGUGGGAUUGACUUGAAGGUGGUGUUGGCACCUUCAACCAUUGGAGCGAUUGUGGGAUUCAUCGUUGGAACAAUCACACCAAUGCGAAAGUUACUAAUUGGCACAACAGCUCCUCUUCGGGUGAUACAAGAUUCUGCAUCCUUAGUAGGAGAUGCUGGGAUCCCGACUAUGACAUUAAUUAUGGGUGGUAACCUCUUAAAAGGUCUCAAAGGAUCUGGGGUGUCAUUACCAAUUGUGUUUGGAAUCGUAGCAGUUCGGUUAGUUUUGUUACCACUUUUUGGUAUUUCAAUUGUGAAAGGAGCACUUUACUUGGGUUUAGUGCAUGCAGAUCCUCUUUAUCUUUUCGUUCUUCUACUACAGUUUGCGCUUCCACCUGCAAUAAACAUUGGUACAAUAACACAGUUAUUUGGAGCUGGUGAGAAUGAAUGUUCUGUGAUUAUGUUGUGGGCGUAUGGUUUGGCAUCGAUAUCACUUACCCUUUGGUCAAUGUUCUUCAUGUGGCUAGUUGCUUGA